GGGGAGGAGUGCUUUACCGCAGUAUCAGUAGAUUUCUGCACCACUCAUCAAAACUCUGCGGCAUGCAGACAGGAGCUGGGGGGAGGGCAGCUGUGAGGUCUGUGUGGGAGCAUCCUUCAUCAUCCUGUGUUCACCCUCAUCAUAGGCGCAUUCAGCAGCAGCAGCACAGCAGCAGCAGCAGAGGGGCCCGGACUUUUAUGAUAAAAUGGCAAAGGACGGAGAAAAAGGAGACUGGAAGGAGUUCCUGUGGAACCCCAGGACCAGGGAGUUCCUGGGCCGGACGGCCAGCAGCUGGGGUCUCAUUUUUGCCUUCUACCUAGUUUUCUACAUCUUCCUCGCCGGCUUGUUUGCUCUCACCAUGUAUGUCAUGCUUCAGACCUUGGACGACCACAAACCAACCUGGCAGGACCGGCUCUCCACACCAGGGUUGGUGAUUAGACCCAAAGCAGACGAGACCUUCGAGAUCACCUACAACAUCCAGAACACGGAGAGCUGGGACCUGUACACUCAGGCCCUGGAGAAGUUCCUGACACCCUACAACGAAUCCGUCCAAAUCCAGAAGAACGAGGAGUGCGUCGCCGACCAGUACUUUGUGCAGGAGGACAGCAACGACGUGAAGAACAACCCCAAACGAUCCUGUCAGUUCAACCGCACCAUCCUGGGAAUGUGCUCCGGAAUCCACGACCGUAACUAUGGAUACGACUUGGGCAAGCCGUGCAUCAUCAUCAAGCUGAAUCGGGUGAUUGGAAUGUUGCCAGGAAAGAACGGUCAGGCUCCGUACGUCACCUGUGGUGCCAAGAGAGAAGACUCUGAUAAGAUUGGAGAGUUGGAGUAUUACCCUCCUAAUGGUACUUUCAACCUCAUGUACUACCCGUACUACGGCAAGAAGGCUCAGGUGAACUACUCCCAGCCCCUAGUGGCCGUCAAGUUCCAGAACAUCACCCUGAAUCAGGACGUGAACGUGGAGUGUAAGAUCAACGCCAACAACAUUCCCACUGGAAGUGAAAGAGACAAGUUUGCCGGAAGAGUGUCCUUCAAGCUGAGGAUCAACUCCAACGAUUAG